UCUAAGCAAAACCAGAUUCAGACAAGGCACAAAAAGAAGAAAUAAUAAGAAUAACAAACAUGAAAUUUGAGCUCGUCUUCAUACCAUAUCCGGGGAUCGGCCAUCUCAGGUCAGCCGUGGAGAUGGGUAAGCUACUCGUCAAGCGAGACCACCGCCUCUCUAUCACCGUACUGCUCCUUCCUUCUCUACCCGGCGGAGAAGUCGUUUCUUCCGCCUACGUAGCAUCCCUCUCCACUACAUGCACCAACCGUCUCCGCUAUGAAAUCAUAUCCGGCGAAAACACCGAGCCUACGAGGCUCGACAUCCACAUCGAGAAUCAGAAGCCGAAGGUGAGACUCGCCGUUUCAAAACUCGUCGACGACUACUCAAAGCUACCGGAGCCGCCGCGUCUAGCCGGGUUCGUCGUCGACUUGUUCUGCACUCUGAUGAUGGAUGUGGCGAGCGAGUUUCGCGUCCCGAGCUAUCUUUUUUACACGUCCAGCGCAGGACUUCUCGGACUAGGGUUUCACGUUCAGACAUUGUACGAUGAGAAUAGGUACGGUGUGAGUGAAAAUGAUUACGAAGACUCGGAAGAGGUGUUGCACGUCCCUAGUUUGUCUCGUCCUUACCCUGUGAAAUGCCUUCCUCACGGCCUCGCGUCGAAAGAUUGGCUACCGAUCUUGGUAAAUCAAGCAAGAAGAUACAGAGAGAUGAAGGGCAUUUUGGUAAAUACUACGGCUGAGGUUGAGCCUUAUACGUUGCGAGUUCUCAACGGUGGUGAUACGCCUCCUGCUUAUCCGGUGGGGCCGCUUUUGGACCUCACCUCCAAGGAAGACAAUAAAGGAUCGGACAUUUUGGAAUGGCUCGACCAGCAACCGCCUAGAUCGGUCGUGUUCCUCUGCUUCGGGAGCAUGGGUGGCUUCAGUGAGAAGCAAGCAAGAGAGAUCGCCGUGGCGCUCGAGAGAACUGGCCACCGUUUCCUCUGGUCUCUCCGUCGGGCAUCUCCUCCCGGAGAGUACACAAAUCUGGAGGAAGUUCUCCCGGAAGGGUUCUUUGACCGGACUAAACAGCUAGGUAAAGUGAUCGGUUGGGCCCCACAGGUUGCGGUGCUUGCUAAGCCGGCGGUUGGAGGUUUUGUCACUCACUGUGGGUGGAACUCUACGCUGGAGAGUCUAUGGUUCGGAGUUCCGACCAUGGCGUGGCCGUUGUACGCUGAACAGAAGUUCAACGCUUUUGAGGUGGUGGAAGAACUUGGACUAGCGGUGGAGAUAAGGAAGUAUUGGCGCAACGAUCGUUCGGUUGAGUUAGUUACAGCGGAAGAGAUAGAGAGAGCAAUCAAGUGUUUGAUGAAGCAGGAUAGCUAUGUGAGGAAGAGAGUGAAGGAGGUGAGUGAGAAAUGCCAUGCUGCCUUAAUGGAUGGUGGGUCAUCUCAAACUGCUUUGAAGAACUUCAUUCAGAAAGUGUUUGAGAAUAUCUCGUGACAAGGAUAGUUAGAGACUGACCCUUUCAACGCUCUUGAAUGGUAGACCCAAGUUAUGUUCCUUUAUAAAUUGCAUGUCUCGUACGUGUAUGUGUGAGUUUCUGUACCGUCUUGAGAUAAUGGUUUUGGUUUGGUCAUGUAUGAUGAGAACAAUGGUAUUUAGUUCUUUGGUUAAAGAGAUCCACCACAGGUAUAUCUCUUUAAAAUAAAAAGGUUGAGAUGAGAACAAUGGUAUUUAGCUCUUUGACUGUGGCCGAAGUGGCCAAAACUAGUACUCACCAUUCUCAGUUACUUUUUUUUUUAAUAUGUUGGGUGUUUAUGUCAAUGUUUUGAAAAUUGGACUAGAUCGCCCGUCGAACCAGUCCGAUGUUACAAGCAAUAUCUAAAAUUUGGAUUUGAGAUAAACCUGUAAAAUCGUCCAAAAAUCAAUAAAAUCGGUGACCCAGAUCAAUCUAAAACCAGUAACUAUACAAAAUUAAUAUUUGGCUCGAUUUUCAAAAUAUUAGUUUAUGUAACAAAAAAUGGACCAAUGGCUAGUUUGUUCAUAAUUAAUAAAUGAUUUUCCACAAUAAAACCUCAGUUUUGCCGUUGUCUACAAGCAUGGACCAAUGGCUAGUUUUUUUCAUAAUUAAUAAAUGAUUUAUAUCUAUGUUUCAAUUUAAUUUAUAAAAACAUGCAUAACAUUUUUAUAUAUACUACUUUCGUUUUUAAAUAUAAAUGUUAAAUAUUUAUACACAAAUUAAUUUUUUAUCACAGUUGCAUUGAUUUUUGCCUUUACCAAUUCCUAAUAAUUUUAAAUCAAUAAUAAUUCAACAAACUUAUUAAUAUUUUUGAAGUUAACAGUUUUUAAUUAUUAAAAAAUUAAAAUUUCAUAAAAACAUUAAAAAGAAACAUUUUUUUCUAAAAUUUGUAUCUUAACAAAACAGAAGGAUUAAC